CACCUUUAUAAAUAUUGUUUUUCACUUCUACCUCAUAAACCCUAACGCAACCGUUGCAGCUACAGAACUUUCACCAGUUUCUGUAGUUGCAUCGAACAAGUUCAUCAAUGGCUAGAAUUGUCUCAUCAUUCAUCGUUGAUCACUUGUCUGUUGUUGCAAGGCGUGGAUAUGCAUCGGCAUCGCAGGGUGUGGUGUCGGAAACUGCGAAAGGGAGUGUGGUUGCAAUGAUGAAGAAAGGAGGUGAAGAAUCAAAGAAAUCUAGUGCGUGGAUUCCGGAUCCGGUUACGGGUUAUUAUAAGCCUGAAGGUCAUGGGAAUCAGAUUGAUCCAGCUGAGCUGCGUGAGAUGCUGCUGAAGCACAAAACUCGACAGAAUUAGGAAGGGUUUUAAACCAGAAAUUGGAUUGAGUUGUGAUGAGAUGAUCGAUUUCGUUCGUUCGGAUUGCGGAUUCAUGCUGGUUGUUAGAGAUGAUUUGGCUACAUUCAAAAGUAUGAAUUGCUAAAAGUAUGAAUUGCUACAUGAUUCUACAUCUCUCUAUAUCAAUUUCUUUUUUUAUAAUAAAGUGCUGUACCAUGAAACUUGUUAUAACCUUGUUAUAUUAUUUUACUGCCUUUUUAAUUAAAAUCUUAUUUCGAUCA